AUGACGUCAGCAACGAUAAACGAUAAUUUGACACAAUUAGCGCAGAACCAAAGUUUUGCUGUAUCGGAAGCAGGAUUAACCGCACAAUUGGCUUCACUUGCAACUGCUUCAGAACCAAAUAAUUUUUCAUCGAAUUCCCAACAAUCACCUGUUGCUACGUUCCCUCAAAGAACCGUGAGCGGACCAUCAUCAAAUAAUACAGAGUCACCAUUUGGUAAUGCAUUUACAAGUGGACAGGCCCAGGGAUUUUCAUUUAAAAAUACAUCAUCAACAGAGCAUUCGGGUUAUAAUUUUUCGACUGCAUCAUCAGGAAAUGUUCAAAAAUUUUCGUUUACAAAUUCAUCGUUGGGCGAUGGUCCAUUUACGUUUAAUGAAUCGCCAGCUAAUGCACCAGCUCAUCAACCAAUACCAUCAUUUACGUUCACACCAACAAAGCAACAUCAAGAUAUGCCAAAUAAUAAAUUGCAAACUCCAUCAUCACAUCAAAAUUCCAGACAAGGACCGCCAACAAAUGAAGCACCUAGAAUGACACAAAAUAAUAUGCCAGCAGUUUCAAGAAAGCCACCGAGUCCUACAACACCUAUAGCUCAACAGCCUAGUUUCCUAAAUCAAGAGCAAGAAGCACCUGAUCUGCCCAUGUCGUUAGCUGACGCAUCAAAAUUAGGCAAAAUGCUUAAUACAACAUUACGAGAUUCAAGUGCAUUAGUUGUUGAUCGUAAUGAUCCCAAAUCACCAUUAUAUUCAUUGAAAUCAUUUGAAGAACUCGAUCUAAAAUCUGAAUUAUUAAAAGGAAUUUAUAGUAUGGGCUUUCAAACCCCAAGCAGAAUUCAAGAAAUUACUUUACCUCAAUUGCUAAGCAAUCCGCCAAGAAAUUUAAUAGCACAAUCACAAUCGGGUACUGGCAAAACAGCUGCUUUUUCAUUAGCGAUCCUCUCACGUAUUGAUCCAUCGAUGUCAAUACCACAAGCACUUAUUCUUUCACCAACAUUUGAAUUAGCGCUGCAAAUUGGUUCAGUGAUUGAAAGAAUGGCACAAUAUUUACCAUAUAUAAGCAUUGCCUAUGCUGUUCGCAGCUCACCAACACUAAGCUCAACUAAUUUAGUUCGCGGUCAACUCUUACCACAACCCAUCGUUAUUGGUACACCAGGUACAGUUGAAGAUUGGUGUCGUCGACGACGCAUUAUUGACUUGAGCAAACUACGUAUGUGCUGUGUUGAUGAAGCUGAUGUUAUGAUCGCAACUGAAGGUUUUCAACAAACAUGCGUUGGUCUUGUAAAAGGCCUCAAUCCUGCUUGUCAAAUGAUGUUAUUUUCAGCUACAUACUCCGAUGAAGUGAUGACGUUUGCACGUGAAAUCGUUACACAACCAAUUGUCUUAAGAUUAAAACGUGAAAAACAAGCACUAAAUAAUAUACGACAAUUGUUUAUACGUUGUGAUAAUCCUGAACAGAAAUUUUACGCUAUUGAACAAAUUUAUUCUCAUUUAGUACUGGGACAAGCUAUGUUUUUUUGUCGAACUAAAGCAACUGCACGCGCUUUAGCCAUUAGAAUGUCAAAUGAACAACAUUCAGUAAGAGAAUUAACAGCAGCUUUAGAUAUUGAACAACGUGCAUCCGUUAUUCGUCAAUUUCGUGAACGUGUAUUUAAUGUAUUGAUAUCAACUAAUGUUACGGCUCGUGGUAUUGACAUCGAUGAUGUUUCAUUAGUGGUUAAUUAUGAUAUGCCGGUUACUAUGAACGGUAAACCAGAUUUUGAAACAUAUCUUCAUCGAAUUGGUCGUUGUGGUCGCUUUGGUAAACUAGGUUAUACAUUUAAUUUAAUUAGCUCUGAUCAAGAUUUCAACACAAUGAAAGCCAUUGAAGAAUAUUUCCAUCAUCCUAUCGAUGAGAUCACCAUCGAAGCUAUAGGCAAUCUUGAGCCAGAUCAAACAUAA